AACGGUCCGUGGAACCGGCGCCGUUCCUUAUGUCCAGAUUUCGCACAGCUUAACCGUCUUUUCCGCCAAUGGACAUCAUGCAUUGGUAUUGACAGCGGGUAUCUGAGGUCCGCAUUCUUGGCAAAACGGAGCUAUGAAUGUGAGCAAGUGGAAGAAUAAAAGAGCAAAGGGUGCCCGCGCCGGUUGGAAUGAAGAAUGCCAAGCAAUUGAAUUUUUGCCUUCUCUUCCGUCUUCGCGAUGGCUUCCAAGUAUCUCACAGUAGUAUUAGCAUCAGCAGCGAGUGCGAGCAUCGCCACUUGGGGGCAGUGUGGUGGGACUGGAUAUACCGGAGAGACCACAUGCGUGUCUGGCGCAGUAUGCACAACGUAUAACCCAUACUAUGCUCAAUGUGUGCCAGGUUCAGCCACUUCUGCUGCCACCUCCAGCAGUUCCCGCGCAGCAACCACGACGACUUCAAAUGCUGCGACCACUAGCAGCAGCAUCACCAAAGCCACGAGUGCGACUGCGACGACCACCGUUCCCACGAAGGGGGGGAGCACCAGCUCAACAGCACCUACCAGCACUGCAACAAGCGGCACUAGAUACUUUAUCACGUUCGGCGAUUCCUACUCCCAGACUGGUUUCGACAUCAACGGCACGCACCCAUCGGCCGCCAACCCUCUAGGCAACCCUACGCUCCCCGGUUAUACUGCUAGCGGCGGUCUCGACUGGGUCGGUUACAUGGUAACGGAGCACAAUAGUUCUUUGUUGCUCUCAUAUAACCUGGCAUAUGGUGGUGCUACCACAGAUGCUAACUUAGUGACGCCCUACGCUUCGACCGUGCUCAGCUUUGUGGAUCAAGUCAACGAGUUCUCGACUAGCCUGGCCUCAAAGCCAAGCUGGGCCCCUUGGACAGCAGAAAACACUCUCGUUGGUGCGUGGUUAGGUGUCAACGAUGUUGGCAAUACCUUCUGGUUGAGCAACAUGACCGAGGUCAUCGAUGCAGUUACCACCAGGUACUUUGAGUUGUUGCAGGUGACCUAUGACGCUGGCGCAAGGAACUUUGUUCUGCUGGCUGUUCCGCCGACUGACCAGACACCCCUCAUGCUCGCCAAUGAUGCGUCAUCCGAGGCAUCGCUUGUUAGUGCUAUCAGCACCUACAACAACUUCCUGUCGACCAAAUUGGCGACCUUCAAGUCGAACAACAGCGGGGUAACUGCUUGGCUCGUGAACACAACCGUUCCGUUCAUGGAGGCAAUUAACAACCCGACUGCGUAUGGCGCACCCAACGCUACCUGUUAUAACUCGGACGGUGUGAGCUGCCUGUGGUUUAACGACUACCACCCCGGCGUCAAGAUCCAAGGUUUGGUCGCUGAUGCUGUAGCGACGACCGUAGGUGCGCCUUGGUUCACCAGCUAGAUUGCAAAAUAAUCUUUUCCACAAGAGGAAAGUAAAAGAUGAUAAGGGAAUGUCCCCCGUUUCUUGUACAUAAUUCAAUUGACAUAUGUUGUUUCCAACCUUCAAGCAAGCUUGU